AUGGCGUUUAGGAGACAUUCAUCUCUAUUGGUAUUGGGUCAGCAAAAUAUCAGUUCCAUUUCGAGUUACGAUGAUUUGUUUUUCCGUUAUUUUGAGGUUCUCACACGCAAAAAGUUGGUCAUACUCAAGUAUACUUCUAUUUCCAAAGAGUGGCACAAGAGCAUCAUGGCGGCCGUAAGAUUCAACCAAGACUUGAUACAAAUGGUCGAGAGUGCCGACAUUCCGAAGCCUAUGUGCGAUGAGUUCAAGAAGAUGAUCUCAGGAAUGAAUUUCAAGGCAUGUUUAGCCGAUUGUAUGCUCAAAUUCAAGUUGAACGUACGUCGGCAUUUACUCAAAUUCAACGACAACUCCAUAAACGAUGAAGAUACUCUUGACGACCUUAGAACUCGUCGAAUGGCUGUAGCUAAGACCUUGUUUGGCAAACUUGGUCUGGAUACCAGCAUCGAGGCUCCCCUAUUCUGUACCUGGGGCUGCAACACGUUUAUUGGUAAAGACGCCUAUAUCAACAGGGAUGUCUCGAUUUUUGAUAGCGCACCCGUUCAAAUUGGCGACCGUGUUCUCAUUGGACCCGGUGUCUGUAUAUGCACCGAUACGCAUGAACCUGACGCUGUGUCGAGAAAGGAAAGCCAAAUGGGGUCUUAUGCAAAACCCAUAGUUAUUGGCGACGAUUGCUGGAUUGGAGGAAGAGCAGUUAUAGUUGCAGGGGUUACUAUUGGGAAUGGAUCGACGGUUGCAGCUGGAGCUGUUGUGACCAAGGAUGUUGAAGCAAAUUGUCUUGUUGGUGGUGUACCUGCCAAGAUUAUCAGGAGGCUUGAUAACGGAGCUAUGUUGCCAAAGUAGUAUCCUUCGGCUUUGAAACUUUCUUUUCUGUUUGGGCGACAUAUUCUUUUCGGAAUUUAGGGGGGGUGGAGGAGUAUUUGAAGUCAGGUAAACCCCAGAAUAUGUAAUAUUGUUAGUUGCACCUAGUCUGCACAUGUC